GGAGGUGAGCAAACAUUCAAUUGUUUUCAGCUGAACAAAAGAAAAGCUUCAUCUUGUUGAAGAAGUUUGACCUAAAAACCCUGCUUGAAGAAGUUAAGGUUAGGGUUUUAGGGUUAAUGGAUUCUCAAGGAUUGGAGAAGGAAAUUGAAGAAUUGAAACUGAAGGAGAAGCAGGAGAUUGAUACAAGUGCGCAUUCACAUGAUCAAUUGAAGAUCACUUCCUUUUCUGAAAUCGUCAAUGAUGUUAGCCUCCAUCUUCAGAUCAUUCGCUUCCCCAAACAGAUAUAUGUGUGGAUUGGUUACAACUCUACAAAAUUGGGACACAUGUAUGCAGCAGCUCCUACUCGUCCUAACAACGUGGUGUCUGUAACUUCCUUACUUGGAGGGACAUCUGAUAAUACAGGAUCUGGCAUUGCUCGUCGAUUAGUGUUGAAGACUGGUCUCAAUAUAGUCAUGGCUUGCAGUAUUCCAAAAAACAGCCCUAUGAUUGAGAUAGAAGCUGAGAAGAUAUUGAUACAGAAACUCAUUAGUCUGGGCUAUACGAAGUCAAGAGUUGAGGGAACAUCUUUAUAAAAUAGGCAGGGAGACUUCAUAAUAGCCAUUAUGUAUUUUCCCAAUGUUGUUAUCUAUAAAUUAGAAUUCACGGCAGCUAUUAGAAGAUUUUCAGCUUUGAGAAUUGUUCCAAUCUAAUUCUAAUUAAAUAUAUAUUUACAUUUAAUUUUGUUGAUAAA